AUGGUCUUAAAGCAUAUUGCACAUAAUGAAUCUGUAGCUUGCAAUGAUUUUUGGGAGUUUAAAGGCAAAGUGGACUAUGUAGAUGAUUGGUUUCUUAUGAAAUCACCUCUGCCGCUGUUUUUUCUUACAGCGUCGUAUUUGUUAUUCGUAUUAAAAUUAGGUCCAAAAUUUAUGAAGAAUAGGUCUCAGUUCAGUUUGAGUGAAGUCCUAAUAUUUUAUAAUUUCUUCCAAGUGAUGUUUUCCUGCUUCUUGCUUUCCAUUGGCUCCAGGAUAAUUAUCGAUAAUGGUUUGUUAGGUACAUCGUGCCUCAUGGAUAAUGAAAGUUCUAAGUGGACGGUCACAUCUUCAAUUUACUACUACUUCAUCGCUAAGGUGACCGAAUUAAUGGACACUAUCUUCUUCGUGCUCCGCAAGAACUACCAUCAAGUCACUUUCUUGCAUAUAUACCACCAUACUAUGAUGAUGUGUUGCACUUGGAUCAUGUUGAAAUAUGAGCCAUCGCAGAGCACCAUUUUCCUUGGGAAUGUAAACUCCUUCGUCCACAUAAUUAUGUACGGAUACUAUGCGCUCUCUGCGUUUCCAGGCCUCGUCCGGUACCUGUGGUGGAAGAAAUACAUUACUAUUAUGCAAAUGUUACAAUUCGCGUGUAUAAUAUUACAAGCAGCUGUUAGCUAUGUGUACACGCCGUGCCCACCUUCAUACACACUAUUACUAACAAUUUCACUGAAUGCAGUGCUGUUCAUCAUUUUAUUCGCGAACUUUUACGUGAAGGCAUAUCUUAUGAAGAAUAGAGGGAAAUGUGAACAGAAGAACGGCGCUAGAACGGAAGUAACUAAAUUGGAA